AUGGGUAAGGACACAUUGUGGAGCUCUCUUGAGGAACCAGACAUCAUCAACACCACAGAGUUUGAAGACCUGUUCUCCAAGACCACCAUACAGACAAAGAGAAAACCUCUGGCAGAGGCCUAUGAGAAGAAAGCCAAGGCCAAGAAGAUCAUGAAGCUGCUGGAUGGGAAGCGUUCCCAGGCCGUAGGGAUACUCAUCUCUAGUCUGCACCUGGAGAUGAAGGACAUACAGCAAGGUGACGUGGCUGAAUGUGGACAACCUGUAGUGGACGUGGAAACCAUCCAAGCUUUAUACGAAAACAGAGCCCAGCCUGAUGAGCGAACGAUAAAGAGACACUACCAAACGUCUGAGGAGGAGGUCAAGCUGCUGGACAAAGUCUCUAGGUUCCUGUUUGAGUUAUCUCAGAUACCAGACUUCCCAGACAGGGCUUCAUGUAUCAUCUUCCAGUCGGUCUUCAUAGACGAUACCUCCAUUCAGCACAAGUUGGACAAUGUCUCUCGCGUCUGCAAGGAUGUGAUGGACACCUCCAGCGUGAGGGAAGUGAUGGGUCUGAUUCUAGCCCUGGGGAACCAUAUGAACGGGGGCAACACGACCAGAGGACAGGCUGACGGCUUUGGACUGGAGAUCCUGCCCAAACUAAAGGACGUCAAGAGCAGGGACAAUCGUAUCAGUCUGGUUGACUAUGUGACAUCGUACUAUCUCCGCAACCUGGACGAGAACGCUGGAACAGAGAGGAGUGUCUUCCCUCUCCCUGAGCCUCAGGAUGUGUUCCUGGCCGCCCAGGUCAAGUUCGAAGACAUCACCAAGGACCUGAGACAGCUGAGACGAGACCUGACAGUGUGUGAGGAAGUGGUUCAGAAGGUGUGUUCCAGCUCUUCAGGAGAACACCUCCAGCCAUUUAAGGACAAAAUGGAGUUGUUUGUUCUGAUUG